CAGAGACUAACUUUCCUGGAUAUUUUCCAUUUAUUAACCAACUAUAUAGUCUAUACCGGCGAUCGAAAAAAUAAAAUAAAAAAAAGAGUUAUGGCAACUGAUGAGACUCUCUCAACUCCGACAUACUUCGUGGCGGUACACGUCGGCGCGGGAUAUCACGCGCCGUCGAAUGAGAAAUCUCUCCGUUCCGCCAUGAAAAGCGCGUGUCUCGCCGCCACUUCUGUUCUCCAAAAGGGUGCUGGUGGAUGCAUAGAUGCUGUUACCGCCGCAAUUCAAGUAUUGGAGUUAUAUUCUUGCAGGAUGAUCCAUAUACAAAUGCCGGACGGGGUUCAAAUUUGACAGAGGAUGGUCACGUGGAGUGUGAUGCUAGUAUUAUAGAUGGUGAUUCUGGAGCAUUUGGUGCCGUGGGUGCAGUGCCAGGUAUUCUCAGAGACAAUGAUCAUGUACUUCGAGGUGUCAGAAAUGCCAUUGAGAUUGCUGCUUUGUUGGCCAAGGAACAGAUCUCUGGUUCUUCACUGCUUGGACGAAUAUCUCCAAUGUUUUUAGUUGGUGAAGGUGCCCGUGCAUGGGCGAAGUCAAAAGGUGUUGUUUUACCAUCAAGUAUAACAGAGGCUGACGAGUGGCUUGUGACCGAGAAGGCAAGAACCCAAUGGAAAAGAUACAAAGCAAUGCUUGAUGAUGCCAAGGCUGUUAAUGAUGCUUCUGACAUGAAGAUGACUCAUGCUAAGGAGACUAAUGCAAUAUCUGAAGUAGAGAGCCAACCAUCUGAUCAAUUGAGGGGAAAUGGAGUGGGUGACCAAAUCUCCUUGCUAGAUGCAUUAGAUGAGGAUUUAAUUUCAGACACUGUUGGGGUUAUCUGUCUCGAUUCGGAAGGACAUAUGGCUUGUGGAAGCUCUAGUGGUGGGAUAGCACUGAAGGUAAGUGGGCGUGUGGGUCUCGCAGCAAUGUACGGUUCCGGUUGUUGGGUAUCGUCAAAGGGACCUUUUGGAGCUCCAUUUUUAGUGGGAUGCUGUGUCAGUGGUGCUGGAGAGUACCUAAUAAAAGGAUUUGCUGCUCGAGAAUGCUGUAUUUCGUCAUCACUGUCUCAAGCUGGUCCAUCUUCUGCCUGUAAAAAGGUUUUGCGAGCUGUUCAAGAAAACAGCCAGUAUGGCGCUGAAAGAAGUGCUGGAUUCCUUGUAGUUCAAGCAGAGCCUCCAAGAUUGGUCGGGGGCAGUUUGGCUAAGUUGGAAGCUGUUGAGAUUGCAGCUGUUUACUCUACCUCAUCUUUUGGAAUAGGUUAUUUUGGCAGCUCUAUGGAUAGGCCCAAGGUUUCAGUGCUUAGGAGUAAAAAACAACAAAAUAAAACUGGAAUUGAUGAGUUUGCAGCACGAGUCAAUCUUGUGGCCAAGAAAUAGUAGUGUUGCAGCUGGAGAGCACAGUGGCAUUGGAAUAAGGACUUUCCAUUUCAAUGGCACCAUCACUGAAACUAAUUAUUCAAUCAGCUAAGAACUGGAGAGCACGAUGUCCAAGAUACGGCUGAGGCCACUAGAAUGCAGUUGAAGGAAUGAUAAAAACGUAGUUGAGCCAAAAGGAAUUAAGGAUUCAAAUGAAAAAAUAGUUAAGAGAUUGUUGCAGACAUGAUCAAGUAGAACUGAUUUUGAAUUUUGCUAGAAAUGUUGCAACUAUACAUAACUCUUAUUAGUAUUUACAUUCUGAGACAUUCAUUUCUGUCUUUGGUUCUUGCGGAAUAUGUUCUGGUAGCCUUGUGUGAAAUACAUUGUCCGAAGUCAUGUACAUUAACAAAAAUUUAUUUGAUGAAUGGUACAAUAACCAAAACAAGGUUACAAAAGGUAA